AGAUUUCACCGUAAGAAAGAGUCAAAAACGCUGGUAACGCAACUACCAAAUCACAUUCCUUUCUCUUGAAAGCGAAACAGACAGGAAGAACUCCGGACCAUCGACCAAGUUUCAGGAAGAACAAUCGAUUAACAGGUGUUGGUCAGCCACAUUACUGAUGGGUACCUCAAUGCAGUUGAGUUUUGUGGCAAACUUUGAGAGAAUGUGUUGACCAUUGUUGUUUGCUUCUAAGUCAAAAUGAAGCGAUAUGUUUACAUCAAUGAUGAUGAAGCAUCACAGGAUCUUUAUUGUGACAACCGCUUAUCAAACAGAAAAUAUACAUUGCUGAACUUUCUACCAAAAAAUUUAUGGGAGCAGUUCAGCCGUUUUAUGAACCAGUAUUUCUUGCUGAUUGCCUGCCUGCAGCUGUGGUCACUUAUUACUCCAGUAAACCCUGCAAGUACUUGGGGUCCACUAAUUUUUAUAUUUGCGGUCUCAGCAUCAAAAGAAGCUUGGGAUGAUUACAAUAGAUAUUUGUCAGACAAGAAAGCAAAUGAGAAAGAAGUUUGGAUUGUUAAACAAGGCAUCAAAAAACAUAUACAAGCACAAGAUAUUCAUGUCGGUAAUAUAGUGUGGCUUCGUGAGAAUGAUGAAGUGCCAUGUGAUCUUGUUCUGAUUGGUACCUCUGACCCGCAAGGUGUUUGCUAUGUAGAGACUGCAGCCCUGGAUGGUGAAAUUGAUUUGAAGACAAGGGCCACACCUGCUACUUGCAUGGGAAUAGAUUUUGAAUUGUUACACAAAAUUAAGGGUGUUAUUGAAUGUCCCUGUCCAGAUAAGGACAUUAGAAGAUUUGAUGCAAAUCUUCGUCUUUUUCCACCAUUUAUCGACAAUGAUGUGUGCCCUUUGACCAUUAAAAACACAAUUCUUCAGUCGUGUUAUCUUCGGAAUACAGAGUGGGCUUGUGGAGUAGCUGUCUACACGGGCAAUGAAACCAAGCUGGGAAUGAGUAGGGGCAUACCUGAACCAAAGCUUACAGCCGUUGAUGCCAUGAUUGACAAGUUGACUGGGGCUAUUUUUGUUUUCCAAAUCGUGGUUGUGUUGGUUCUUGGUGUAGCUGGGAAUGUCUGGAAGGAUACAGAAGCAAGAAAGCAAUGGUAUGUGUUGUACCCAAAUGAAGGCCCAUGGUAUGAACUACUAGUCAUUCCCUUGCGGUUUGAGCUUCUAUGUUCCAUUAUGAUACCCAUAUCCAUCAAGGUAUCUCUGGAUCUUGUGAAGAGCUUAUAUGCAAAGUUUAUUGAUUGGGACAUUGAGAUGAUUGACCCUGAAACAGGAACCCCAUCCCAUGCAACAAACACAGCAAUAAGCGAGGACUUGGGGCAAGUUGAGUACAUUUUGACAGACAAAACUGGAACCUUAACUGAAAAUAAAAUGAUCUUUAGAAGAUGUUGUAUCAGUGGCCAUUUCUAUGGGAAUGAGGAUGGAGAUGCCUUAAAAGAUGUAGGAUUGCUCAAUGCUGUUUCAAGUGGUUCUCCUGAUGUUAUCCAGUUUCUUACGGUUAUGGCAGUAUGUAAUACUGUAAUACCUACACAAAGCAAUACUGGUGAUAUCUUGUACAAGGCACAAUCUCAGGAUGAGGAAGCUCUUGUUCAUGCUGCUGCUAAGUUGCAUAUGGUUUUUGUCAAUAAGAAUGCAAAUAUUGUUGAGAUCAGGUUUAAUGCUUCAGCAUUGCAAUAUGAAGUAUUGGAAAUUCUGGAGUUCACUUCUGAUCGGAAAAGAAUGUCAGUAGUGGUGAGAGAUUGCCAGAGUGGAAAGAUCAUCCUUCUGUCAAAAGGUGCAGAUGAAGCAGUUCUUCCUUAUGUUCAUGCUGGGCAACAAACCAGGACUUUUACUGAGGCUGUAGAACAGUAUUCACAAUUGGGGCUUCGUACAUUAUGCUUGGCCUGGCGUGAACUAAGAGAAGAUGAAUAUGCAGAGUGGUCUUUAAUGUUUAAAGAGGCUAGUAGCACAUUAGUUGAUAGGGAGUGGAGAAUAGCUGAGGUCUGCCAGAGAUUAGAACAUGAUCUUGAAGUUCUUGGGGUUACAGCAAUAGAGGACCGUCUACAGGAUGGUGUGCCUGAAACAAUUGAGACGCUUCGAAAAGCAGGAAUUAAUUUUUGGAUGCUAACUGGAGAUAAGCAGAAUACUGCUGUUCAAAUUGCUCUUUCAUGCAAUUUCAUUUCCCCUGAACCAAAAGGCCAGCUUCUGUUGAUUGAUGGAAAAACUGAGGAUGAAGUUUUUAGAAGUUUAGAGAGAGUUUUGCUUACAAUGAGGAUAACAACUUCAGAGCCCAAGGAUGUGGCAUUUGUUGUCGACGGCUGGGCCCUUGAGAUUGCCCUGAAGCAUUACCGGAAAACUUUCACUGAAUUAGCAAUAUUAUCAAGAACUGCAAUAUGUUGCCGUGUGACACCAUCACAAAAAGCACAGCUUGUGGAACUCUUAAAAUCAUGCGACUAUAGGACAUUAGCGAUUGGGGAUGGAGGGAAUGAUGUGCGAAUGAUACAACAAGCUGACAUUGGGGUUGGCAUUAGUGGGAGAGAAGGUCUGCAGGCUGCAAGAGCUGCUGACUAUAGUAUUGGAAAGUUCAGGUUUCUAAAAAGAUUGAUACUUGUCCAUGGACGGUAUUCUUACAACCGUACAGCAUUUUUAUCCCAAUAUUCGUUCUAUAAAUCCCUCCUGAUAUGUUUUAUCCAGAUCUUCUUCUCUUUUAUUUCAGGUGUCUCUGGAACUAGUCUUUUCAAUUCUGUUAGCUUGAUGGCUUACAAUGUCUUUUAUACUAGUAUUCCUGUUCUGGUCAGUGUCCUUGACAAAGAUCUUACUGAAGGAACUGUGAUGCAUCAUCCUCAAAUUUUAUUCUACUGCCAAGCAGGAAGGCUUCUUAAUCCUAGUACAUUUGCUGGAUGGUUUGGCCGUUCCCUAUUCCAUGCAAUUGUUGUAUUUGUAAUCAGCAUACACGCCUUUGCCUAUGAAAAAAGUGAAAUGGAGGAGGUUUCAAUGGUAGCACUGUCCGGAUGUAUAUGGUUGCAGGCCUUUGUUGUGGCAUUAGAGACCAAUUCCUUUACCGCAGUCCAACAUAUUGCCAUAUGGGGGAAUUUAGCUGCCUUCUUUGUCAUCAACUGGAUCUUCAGUGCUAUUCCAUCAUCUGGGAUGUACACAAUUAUGUUUCGAUUGUGUCGCCAACCAUCUUAUUGGUUAACUAUGCUUCUCAUAGUUGGAGCAGGAAUAGGUCCAAUCAUGGCUCUGAAAUACUUUCGUUACACCUACAGACCAAGUAAAAUCAACAUACUUCAGCAGGCUGAACGUAUGGGUGGUCCCAUUUUGUCUCUGGGUACCAUUGAACCGCAACCAAGAUCUUUAGAGAAAGACAUUUCACCAUUAUCAAUUACUCAACCUAAUAGCAGAAGUCCAGUUUAUGAACCUCUAUUAUCUGACUCUCCAAAAACCAGAAGGUCUUUCGGGCGAGGUACCCCUUUCGACUUCUUACAGUCACCAUCCAGAUUGUCUUCUGUUUACUCGAGAAAUUGUAAGGAUAACUGAGUUUCCUAGUCAUUUGAUAGAGAAUGUGUAGGUCAGAUUUGAUGAGCUGUAGUUUGUGAUACCACUUUGUUUCAUAGGUUAUACAUUCACAUACUCCAUAAAUUAUUUGUUUACAGCGA